AUAAACUACAACAAAAUGAUGAAACUUGCAAGAAUUGCUUUAUUACGUGGUGCAAAGAACAGCGCAAUAACUUCAGUCAAGCGCAACCUAACGCAAGCAUCUACAAAGAGCCUCGUCUGUUUGGAGCACAGGACUUUACUUCGUCUCACCGGCCAGGAAGUACCCGACUUUUUGCAAGGCCUCAUUACAAACGACAUGAGACACCUCAAAGAAGGAGCAGCCAGUAUUUAUUCGGUCUUCCUCAAUACCAAGGGCAGAGUCCUCUACGACACGAUUAUUUAUAAAGCACUUGAAGCCGACACUUACUUUGUGGAAUGUGAUUUAGCUGUGGUUGACGGUUUGUUGAAACAUUUAAAGAUUUAUAGGUUGCGCAGAACAGUCGAUAUACAGCCUAUGAACAGUAGUAUGAAGAUCUGGAGUGUCUUCGAUGACAACAUUGUACCUCAAAAUGAUGACAACAAAAAUGACUCAAAACUGGAAGGUAGGAUAUUUCCAUGUGGAAGUGGGGACAACAAUUCCAGUAAGCUGAUCGAUAAAAUCUCGAUUUAUUCUGAUCCCAGAAUAUUGGAUUUAGGAUUGAGAGUUUUGACAGAAUCCAGUGUAACGGACACCGAAAUUAUUAAACAUUUGGAGCCAAGUUUGACUAAACGAAAAUGUGCAUCGAGUUACAGGGCCUUUCGUUACAACCAAGGCAUAGGUGAGGGCGUUCAAGAUUUGCCGCCUGGUUCAUCCUUUCCCUUGGAAAUCAAUUGUGAUUACCUGCAUGGUGUUAGUUUCCACAAAGGAUGCUACAUUGGACAGGAAUUAACAGCUCGAACACACCACACUGGAGUAGUUAGGAAACGUCUCAUGCCUCUGACAUUGAGUUGCCCUAGCAGUGAUGUGUCAAUUGAAUUUGAUGAAAAAAUAGUAAAUGAAAGUGGCAAAAUAGUGGGCAAGAUUAGAGGACAUGAAGGAAUUUAUGGCUUAGGAUUGAUAAGAAUUGCAGAGGCUUUAGCUGCAAAGACGUUGACUGUUAAGGAAUGCAUUUUGAAAGUUGUAAAACCUCAGUGGUGGCCUCAAGAGUCUAACAAAGUAGAGGCUUCGCUAAAGACUAGAUGGAAACAGUUUCUGCAGGCAGUUCAAAAGACAUCAGAUCACAGUCAAAAAGUCGAGAACCACUUGCAAAGAGCGUUCAAGACUCUGGUGGUAUAUGGAAAUGUUAUAUUUGUAACCUGGAGGAACGUUAUGAUUACAAAGGAACAAAACCUCCAUUUGCAAAGCAUUUAA